AUGGUUCGAGGGAUAGCGGAGCAUGGGUAUCGCUGCCUACCCGCUUUUUCAUACAUGAUCGGUGCUCUUAAUGUUGGCAUUACCUAUUCCAUUAUGGUAAACAAGGUCGAUUGUAGAUUUAUGUACUACUUUUUAUCAUUGGGCCCUUGCAUUAGGGGAUUCGCACACAUAAGGAAGGUUAUUGUGGUCGAUGAUACUCAUUUAUACGGCAAGUAUGAGGGGGUGCUGCUAAGCGCGGUUGCACAAGAUACGGAGAACUAUAUUUAUCCCAUUUCCUUUUGCAUUUUUGACAAGGAUAAUGAUGCAUCUUGGACAUUCUUCUUUGAGAACCUGAAGUCUAUUAUGGUCGAUGGACCAGAUUUAUGCUUUAUCUCCGAUAGGCACAACAACAUCGCCAACGGAAUCGCGAAGGCAUACAACCAUGCUCAUCACGGGUACUGUAUAAGUCAUCUAGGUGAAAAUCUUUGGGUAAAUUACCACUGCGGAGAAAAACACUAUCUAUUUUACAAAAUGGUAAAGAUAUAUUCUCUUGAGGAUUUUAGCGACCAUUUUGUGGGAUUUAAGAACUACUGUCCUGAGGCAGCCUUUUUCCUCGAGCAUGAGCUUGGUUUUGAAAAUUGGAGCAGGGCAUAUUUCCCCAGCAACAGGUUUAACGUGAUGGCCAUAAAUAUUGUUGAGUCGGUGAGCGCUAUGUUGAUUGCCAAAAGGGAGUACCCCGUGGCAUCCAUAUUCAAUUUGAUUGCCAAGAGGUUUGGUGAAAUAUUUAGGGAGAGGCAUGCCUACGUCCUCAAAUGA